AUGUCUUUGCAGCAGAUCGAGCAGCUUCCUGACAUGUAUGAUUUGAUUUGGGUACAGUGGGUAUUGCUGUACCUCACAGAUAUAGAUUUUGCAACUGUGCUGCAACAGCUACGCAGAGCACUGCGACCAAAAGGGCUUUUGAUCAUCAAGGAAAACUGCUUGUUGAACAAGUCUUCAGGUUGGGUGGAUCACCGUGACAGCUCCUUGUGCCGCUCCGACGCUGAGCUACGGAACCGCUUCGCCGAGGGCGGCUUUGGGCUGGUGGCACAACAACAACAGCAAGACUGGCCAGACAGCUUGCUGCCGGUGGACUGUCAGCACUUCUUCGUCAACUAUCAGACCCUUUGGCUGUUUGCACAGGUUCUGUGCCAAGCUGGUGAUUUGGCCUUGCGAUUGAUUGGUACCCAGUGUGUUUGUGUGGCCAGGUGCAUGUCGUUUCCUCUUUCCCUUCAAUGUGCGAAGGCCCAACAUGCCCACAGUCAAGAAGCUCACCGCAGGUUGGAGAGUGAGGUGAGUGUCGCCAGUGUCCCACGCCAAAAGGUUCGCAUCUCGCGGCAACGGCUUUUGGAGAGUGCCGUGAAAGUCAUGAACCUUUACUCCUCUGGCAAUGCGCUGCUGGAGAUUGAAUAUGUUGGAGAGGUGGGCACUGGAUCUGGUCCCACCUUGGAAUUCUACGCUCAAGUGGCUGAACAUCUGAGGAGCUCAUCGCCGGCGCUUUUCCGUCAGAACGUGCCUGCUGGAAUGCUCUUCCCUGCACCCUGGGAUCCAAACUGGCUGAGAAGUGCUGACGACCAGGUUGCUCAACAGAUUCUGGAGAGAUUUAGGCUGUUGGGUCAGAUCGUGGCCAAGUGCAUCAUAGACAAUCGCCUGGUGGACAUCCAGCUGCAUCCUGCAGUUUGGAGAUCCGUGCUGGGCCUCGCACCCUUGUCACAAGAAUCUCUGCGAGCAGUAGACCCUGAGUUAUAUUCAUCGCUGGUGAAUAUCCGUGACAUGGACAGCAGCAAAGUGGCAGAGCUGUGCUUGGACUUUACUCUUCCAGGCUAUCCCAAGAUUGAAUUGAAGCCGGGUGGUGCUGGCAUCACUGUCACAG